CGUGUCCGGCGGCGGCCGUGUCGUUUCCGCCGAUCGCCAUCGCAGCCCGGCCGCCAUAAAAUCGUGCUCGUUUUCCCUCAGGCGACCAAGUGCUCCUCGUUUUCGUUGGCAUCUUGGUCCUCCUCCUUGGUUUUCUCGCUCGCUCUGCCCACAAUGAAGUUCCUGGCCUCCGCCGCUACUGCCGCCGUCUUCGUGGGCGCCUGUGUGUCCCAGGUCUCGGCCCUCGCUCCGCUUGAGCCCGACACCGGUAUCUACUUCGGAACGUGGUACGAUCGCCUCGGCGGCGACACUCCCACCGCCAUCAACUCUCGCUUGAACUACAAGCCCCUGACUCUUUUCCAGUCCGACCUCAACAUCUCCUCGACCCUGCAAGACCCGACCCAGAUCUUCCAGCAGAUGCAGACAGUGCCCGGGGCGGUUCUGCUGCUUACCCUGUUCAUGUACGACAGUCUCGACGGUGUGUCGGAUGCGGCCCUCAGCGAUCUCGGCAACAAGCUCGCCCAGUACAACUCACAGGGUGGAAAGGUCAUCCUGCGCUAUGCCAGCGAAAUGAACGGCAACUGGUUCAAGUAUGGACAGCGCCCCAGCUUCUACAAGCAGCAGUAUAUCCGUGCCUACAACAUUGUCCAUCCGCUUGCCCCCCAGGUCGCUUGGGUGUGGUCUCCCAACGCCGCCAACGGCUAUCCCUUCGGAAAUAGCACCCAGACCCCCCUGAAGGGCACCCAGGACUUUACCGACAUGGACACCAACAACGACGGCCAGCUCACCGACGACGACGACCCGUACACCCCCUUCUAUCCCGGAGACCAGUAUGUUGACUGGGUCGGCAUUUCGCUGUACCACUACGGCUACAAGUGGCCCUGGGUCACCAACGACAUCCCCGUCCCCGGCAAGUUCGAGGGCAUUCUCAGCGGCGGCGCCUCGGGCAAGGCUCCCGGCGACUCUGCUCCCUACGCAAAGUUCAACUUUUACGAGAUGUUUUCCGGAAGCGGUGCUGGCGCUGUGCCCAAGCCCGCCACGGCCGGUGGCAAGCCCCUCAUGAUCAGCGAGACCGCUGCCACCUACCACGUCUAUCUCAACAACUCUGGUGACCUGACCCAGAAGCUCCCGCUGGCCCCCGGCGUCGGCAGCGUUGCCGAUAUCAAGCGGGGCUGGUGGAACCAGAUCCUCAAUGACACCAUCAAGGCCAAGUACCCUAAGCUCAAGUCCGUCUGCUUCUUUGACUUCAAGAAGUGGGAGGAGACCACCUAUCGUGACUUUACCUCUUUCUCGACCGACUAUGGCGUCGUGGCGGCUCUCAACCAGGACGUCCAAAACGUCAAGCUGAUUCGGUGGGCUGACGGCUCCUCCACCAACAACAACACCAACCCCAAUAACAAGUCUGCUGCGUCGACCCUUGGCAGGCUCGUUCCCUUUGGCACCGUUCUCGUUGCCGCUGCCCUUGGUGCUCUGAGCCUCUACUAGAUUCGUCGAGCAAUACGACCGACCCUGCGGGGGGCGUAGUUUACGGCCCAUCCUUUUGGCUUCCGAUUCCUAGACCCUCGUUACCCACCUGCUUGCGCUGCACCCGUUGCUGUCCUCUAUAUGGCAUAUCGCCUCAAAUUUCUAUCGCUCCCGGCCGCGCUCCCCCUCCCCACAGCAUUUACAGAAAUGAAACAGGCCCACCCUGAUUUUCAAAUCCAAUGACCAUGGAUCCUAAAUACAUCCGUCCGUCACCUUCGA